CCGCACUCUUCCUUCAACGACGUUGUCCCAAUGCCGUGGGAUCAACUAGGGAAGCUACUCUCAGAUCAAUGUAGUGACGAGGAGGCUGGCGCUGGAGACGGUGAGCCCCCCGUUGUCGGGCACUGGGCUAGCCUGCAAGCUGCCAUUGCCAGUGAGUGUUUUGAUGUGGAGGCUGGCGCUGGCGACGCGGAGCCGCCCGUUGUCGGGCGCUGGGCUGGCCUCGAGGCUGCCAUUGCCAGUGAGUGUAUUGACGAUGAGGAGGCUGGCGCUGGCGACGAGGGCCGAGCUGGCGUCGAGGUGCCGCCGGCGCAUUUGACGCCCAAACAAUUUCUCAGGCUCGGAAAAGAGAGUUUGGAUGAUGACAGUUGCUUGGUGCCAGAUGCAGGCGUUGGCGGUCCAGCUGGCGGCCCAGCUGGCGCCCCGCACGCUGCGGCGGCGGACAUGGCGAUAGUUCCCCUUUUGUUGCCAGGUGCUGCCGCUGAGGACCCAGAUGACAUCGGCCCUGUUGAAGAUAUUGCCGUCGCAGGUGUUCAUUUACGUAGUGUGUCUUUGUUAUGGGAACGGGUCCGCCAGUGCGACGCACGAGACCUAACGGAUGCAGUUUCGAUGCGGAUUGCCGACCAUUAUUUGUCCACGAAGCGUUCGCAUGCCAGCUUGAAGGUAGAGGCCGAGAUGUUGGGCACGACGCCGUUCACGUUGUCGAGACGGCGGCGGUGUCUCGCCAUGGCAGGCUUGUCGAUAUUGCAUUCCGACGCCAUCAAUGGAAUGCGGCAUGUUAUUUCAAACACACGCAGGGCAGGAGGAAAGUUGCUUCUCUUUAUGGAAUCGCGCCAAUAUGAUGAACCGCCUACGCGUCUGCGCGUCGCCGACGUUGAGUUUAAUGCAGUUUUGAAGGCGAGCUCCACGCUUUCACCUGAAGAAGAGAAGCUUGCGUCGUCACCCAAUGAAGUUUCACAGCAGACGGUUUUGGCCACUUGCUGGAUGUUCAGUCUCAUGGUCGGUGCUGAUGGAUAUUUCCAGACGUUUCGCUUCUCUCUGCCAGCGUGGCAUCAGAGCAUGGCCAGCAAGCAUCCAGAGUGCUACAUGCAGCGUCUUGAAGAAAACCAGGCCGAGGUUGGGUGAUAGACCUGACUGCUUCGAUCGGUGCCAGCGCCUCGUGGCCACAGAUGGCGAUGCAUCCAUCGUGCGCCGCCGCGGAGCGUGGCCUCGUUUGCACGCCUUUAUAUAAGCGUUUUAAUGUUUUGCACUUGAAGUGCGCCGUGCACAGGAUAGCAAAUAUUCAUGCCAAGGUGAUGGAUUUCAGUUGUCGCGACAUCAACGGGUUGGAAAGUGCGAGCAGGUCGAGGACCCGGCGAGGGAGAUUCACGUCAUGAAUUCGUUAGCAACCAGCGGACGUGUUCACAUACGCCCCAGCGGAGCUGGAUUCGUGUGUUGGCUAUUGUGACACUCAAACCGUAGCCCGUGGAGGAGAAGAGGGAAGCCCGCGAACUGUAACUCAUCGUUGACAGCUGCAUGUCUUGUUUCCGAGUGGCCAGCGACAUUUGGACUUGCUCAUGCAUUCGGAUUCUUUUGACCGGGACAAUGGCAGGAGACGGUGGCGUAGGU